UUAAACGUUAAAAAUGUGAGUUGUUAAAAUGUUCACUAUGGAUUGUAAAAAUACAAGCUGUUUUGUUUACAAAAAAUGAAUGUAAUUGCAAUUAAUUUGCCUUCUACCUCAAUUGUUCUAAUAAAUCUACUUUUGGAGCACAUAAGCACUGAUGUUUAAGUUUGUUCAGAGAAUAAAAGAGUCCAAACGGAUCUCGAGGGUGGAGUGUGAUGUGAGGGUUUUACUGGAUGGAAGAUCUGUUUGUCUGGACAGAGAAUAGGGGCUUUACGCCACAGGAAAGGGAAAAGGGAAACGGCUCAAACACGGUGACGCCUAAAGACCUUUAACUCUGUGAACUGAGCACACGAGUUCAGACUAUAGCAGUCCUGCAGAGACACAAACAACAUGUUUGCUGUGGGAGCGUCGCUCUAGUGCUUUUAUGGGACAGGAGUAUCUGGAUACAACAGUCUCUUUCAGGAAGUUAUAAGUGGUGACAUGGACCUAGGACUACAGCGAUUCAUCAGGACUGUCCUGCUUCUGCACGUCUGCUGGCUCUGGAGCGGCCAGUGUUUGUCCGUCUACUUCACAAACCAGCAGUCUCUGUAUGUGAUCGAAGGCCAGGAUCUGAUCCUACAGGCACAAAUCCAGCUGCUGGAUGGUGAACACGUUGCUAAAGUGGCAUGGGACCACGUCGCAAAGACUUCUGGGACGAGUUCAACAUUGGUUGAGUUUCCUCGUAAAGUCAAAGAUGGGAGAGUGACUCUGGAACAACAGGGAUCCACACUGAAGAUCAGAGAUUAUCAAGCAGCAGACGCCGGCAUCUACACGGUCACAGUUACAGAGCAGUCAGGACAGAGACGAUCUGCACACAGAACCGUUCAAGACUAUCUGGCGGUGCAUCACGUGUCUGUGAUGGUGAAUGUGUCUCACUGGGUUCUUCACUGUAUGGAGGCCUGGGGAACUGAGCCCACGUUCACUUGGCUGCAUGAGAAAGUGGUUGUAACGGAGAAAGUGGGUCGUGUUUCGGCAGAUGGGACGUCUCUGUAUGUCUCCGGCAACUUCUGUGGACACUUCACCUGCGUAGUGAGCAACAAACUGGGACACAGUUCAGCCACAUACACCGCAGAGGCGUGUGAAAGCACAAACGGGAGCAUGAUUGCGGUCGUUGUGUUUCUGCUGCUGAUACUGACGCUCGCAGCCGCAUCUCUGGCCUUUAUACUGUGGAGGAGACACAGGCAUGGAUAUAACAGAAGGGAGAGACUGAGAGAGCCGUGUGAAGAGCCUCUGUGAGACAGUUUUACUGCGUUCCUGUGACACUGACGAGAGCUGCUUGAC